UUCUAUCCGGGUCUCUGCCAUUGAGAGAGUCUGUGCUGCAGGUCGGUAAGGAGGCGGGAAAUGGCGACUGGAGGACCAGCGGAGGAUCGGAGAGCCUGUCAGUAAACACGCCAGUCUCUGCUACGAGGUCUAGCGGUCUAGCUAAUACAGCCACCUCGGGGACGAGACGCAGUAGCUCUGGGCAAUUUUACAUGUGACACUUAAGAAGAUGAGGCUGAGAAUGCGGAAGACUUCUCAACAGUCAAACCCUGUUCUCACGCCCCAUGCUUCGAGAACUAAGCGAAAACACUCUGAGGUUGAAGACAGUGUGCAAGAGGGGGGAGGAAAACCACAGAAAAAUGAUACGGGCUUACUUUCUUCAAUCAAAAAAUUUAUCAGGGGAAAUGCUGCAAAGGUUGAGCAAGAAAAUCCUUCAAAGAGGAGUCGACUUGAGCAUGACCUGGAUAAUAACUUGAUAUCAUCAACCCCACAGGCUGGUGACUUGCCCAGCAAACAGCUUUCCCGGGUUCGACGGAAAAGCCCAGUAAAUGGAGAAGCUACAAAUCACAACUCAAACAAGCAUGUGAAGCCUAAUGGGAAGUUAGACGACUCCCCUGACACAGUGGGGAGUCCUCCGAGGACUACGCUGCUGGGGACCAUCUUCUCACCGGUGUUUAACUUCUUCUCAUCCACAAAUAAAAAUGGAACAUCUGGUUCCAACUCUCCGGGGCAGGCUGUGGAAGCCGAAGAGAUUGUUAAGCAGUUGGAUAUGGAGCAGGGAGAGGAGACCCCUACCAGCACAGCAACCUCAACAGAAGGGGCCGCAUUCUCCAACCAGACUGUACCCUUGCGGUCCACUACAGACGACGGUUCAGAAGAGGGGGAGAUAACAUCUGACGCGGACCUCCCCCCAUUAACAGCACCAGGAUCGACUCUGGAUGGGGGCUACUCUGAAGCAUCCACAGCUCCCCCUGAAGGAACGUACGAGGAGGACUGGGAGGUCUUUGACCCGUAUUUCUUCAUCAAGCAUGUCCCACCACUGACUGAAGAACAGUUGAACCGGAAGCCAGCUCUUCCGCUGAAGACCAGAAGCACACCCGAGUUCUCUUUAGUCUUGGACUUGGAUGAAACUUUGGUGCAUUGUAGCUUGAAUGAGCUUGAGGAUGCAGCUCUCACUUUCCCAGUCCUUUUCCAAGAUGUUAUAUACCAGGUGUACGUGCGGUUGAGGCCGUUCUUCAGAGAAUUCCUUGAGCGCAUGUCCCAGAUAUACGAGAUAAUCCUGUUCACUGCCUCCAAGAAGGUAUAUGCAGAUAAAUUGCUUAACAUCCUGGACCCUAAAAAGCAGUUGGUCAGGCACAGACUUUUCCGUGAACAUUGUGUUUGUGUUCAAGGAAAUUAUAUCAAGGAUUUAAAUAUUCUUGGACGGGAUCUGUCAAAAACGAUCAUUAUUGACAAUUCACCACAGGCCUUUGCAUACCAGCUUUCCAAUGGAAUCCCUAUUGAGAGUUGGUUUAUGGAUAGAAAUGACAACGAGCUCCUGAAAUUGGUUCCUUUCCUGGAUAAACUUGUGGAACUAAAUGAGGAUGUUAGACCUCACAUCAGAGAGCGGUUUCGAUUGCACGAUUUACUUCCCCCAGACGGAGUGCCAGGACAAUAAAAAAAUCACUGACUGGGGAGGGAAAUGCAGGACCCUUUUUGGACUACAACUAGAGGGUUGCCGUUACUGUUGAAAUUCAUUUGUACCCCCAUAUUGCUGAUUUUAAAUGGCAAUUAAGGGUUAUGGAGAGACAGAAUCUCACAAUAGAGAAAUAUAUACAUAUGAUAGGCCAGAACAGAAAGGAUCCAUUAGCGGUGCAACCUUAUUAUUUUUUGACAAAGUUUCAGAAGUGUUCUGUUUCGGCCACCAGCAGUUUCAGACUGUAUUAUAUGAAGAUUUUGUGAUGUUCCAAUGAAGAGAAGGACUAUUCCCUCAGUUUGGUGCUCAACGUAGGUUUGUUGCCACUUGAUGACUUCAGACUCUCAUUUCAACAGGAAUGGCCAGUAAAUUAUUAUUUUUUUUUUUUUUUUUUUUUUUUUUCCCUGUCCAGGUUUUUAAAACUUUUUUACAUUUACAUGUAUUAGACUAGAAUUUCAUUAUGCAUUCCUUUUUAGUGGAGUCGCUCUAUAGAAAGUCUGGUAAUAGCCAGCAUUUUAUCACUCCCCAACCCCCCCAAUAUGUAUUUUAAUGGCUGUUUUUCUGCUUUGUCUGCCUGCAUAUUGUAUAUUUGUUUAAAAAUAAAUAAAUCUAUAGUUUUAGUCCCAAGAUAUGCAUUUAUAUUGUUUCUGCAAUAUUCUACUGUAGUUUUUAAAAUUAUGUAUAAAAAAAAAAUAUUGUAUAGGUAACAAAAAGCAGUUUAAACCAUAGUGAUGGCUUGUAUACUGAGGCAGAAGAAAGUAUUAUGAGCGCGAUCUGUUGCUGAAACCCAGAAUUUUAAAACUUGGUAACUUCUAAAACAGACACUUUCAAUAUAUGGUAACAUACAUACUGUAUAUAGUGUGUUUUUUUAUUUUUAAAUCUAGUAACCAAAGAGAAAAUGGUUAGUCUAUGACUACCACAAUGUUUUCUCUUGCCUGUGUGUUCUGUGUUUUUUUUUUUUUUUUUGUUUGUUUUUGUUUUUUUUAACCUUGUUUUAGAAUGUCUGUCUGUAUUUUUAUCAUAACUGGUCUCUCCUGCUUUUAAAGUGUUCUCAUUAAGAAAACAAUAUAAUAAAUGGGCUCUGAUGU